GCUGUCGCUGGCGGCGGGUGCAUGUUCGCGAGGAGGCAAUCCGGCGCCGCGCCGUUCGGAGCUAUGCCUGUCCCAGACCAGCCUUCGUCAGCCUCGGAGAAGACCAGCUCCUUGAGCCCUGGCCUCACCACCUCCAAUGGGGAUGGCUCAGAAACAGAAACCACCUCUGCCAUCCUUGCCUCGGUUAAAGAACAGGAAUUACAGUUUGAAAGGCUGACCCGAGAACUGGAGGCAGAACGCCAGAUCGUCGCCAGCCAACUGGAGCGAUGCAAGCUUGGAUCGGAGACGGGCAGUAUGAGCAGCGUCAGUUCAGCAGAAGAGCAGUUUCACUGGCAAUCACAAGAUGGUCAAAAAGAUAUCGAAGAUGAGCUCACAACAGGUCUCGAACUGGUGGACUCCUGUAUUAGAUCACUGCAGGAAUCAGGAAUACUUGACCCACAAGACUAUUCAACAAGUGAAAGGCCCAGCCUGCUGUCCCAGAGUGCACUUCAGCUCAAUUCCAAACCUGAAGGGUCCUUCCAGUAUCCAGCCAGCUACCAUAGCAACCAGACCCUGGCUCUGGGUGAGACAGCCCCGUCGCAGCUCCCCGCCCGCAGCACACAAGCCGGAGGUGCGGGCCAGAGUUUCAGCCAGCCCGCCGCCGCCGCCGCCGCGCUCUACUACUCGAGCUCCACGCUGCCCGCGCCCCCGCGCGGGGGCUCCCCGCUGACCGCGCCCCAGGGCGGCUCGCCCACCAAGCUGCAGCGCGGAGGCUCGGCCCCCGAGGGCGCCGCCUACGCCGCGCCGGCGCGCGGCUCCUCGCCCAAGCAGUCGCCCAGCCGCCUGGCCAAGUCCUACAGCACCAGCUCGCCCAUCAACAUCGUCGUGUCCUCGGCCGGCCUGUCCCCGAUCCGCGUGACCUCGCCCCCCACCGUGCAGUCCGCCAUCUCCUCCUCGCCCAUCCACCAGCUGAGCUCCACCAUCGGCACGUACGCCACCCUGUCGCCCACCAAGCGCCUGGUCCACGCGUCCGAGCCGUACGGCAAGCACUCGCAGGAGCUGUAUGCCACGGCCACCCUCCAGAGGCCGGGCAGCCUGGCAGCUGGGUCCCGGGCCUCGUAUAGCAGCCAGCACGGCCACCUGGGCCCUGAGCUGCGGGCCCUGCAGUCCCCGGAGCACCACAUCGACCCCAUCUAUGAAGACCGCGUCUAUCAGAAGCCCCCCAUGAGGAGUCUCAGCCAGAGCCAGGGGGACCCUCUGCCGCCAGCACACACGGGCACGUACCGCACAAGCACAGCCCCGUCCUCCCCCGGUGUCGACUCCGUCCCCUUGCAGCGCACAGGCAGCCAGCAUGGCCCGCAGAGCGCCGCCGCAGCCACCUUCCAGAGGGCCAGCUAUGCCGCCGGCCCGGCCUCCAGCUACGCGGAUCCCUACCGACAGCUGCAGUACUGUCCUUCCGUCGAGUCUCCGUACAGCAAAUCCGGCCCUGCCCUUCCCCCGGAAGGCACCUUGGCCAGGUCCCCAUCCAUCGACAGCAUUCAGAAAGAUCCCAGACAGGAUAUUUACUUUGCAGUUAUGGAAAUCAGCUUGCCCCUCCCCAGCAUAAAUCCUUCAGUGUCUUACCAUGACAUUUAAGAUCAAGAUGUGAAGUCAUCCAAAAAAAAAUACCUCCUAAGACUGUGCCUGGCCCAACCUGCCUGGAUCUCGCCUCACCGCAUGCCCCAUCCCGCUUCAUCCGACACAUGGUGAACCAGCCUAGGAGGCCUUCUUCUGCGGUGCCUUCAUCAGACCAGUCUCAUUUCCACCUCAAGAACUUCCCACGGGCAUUCUUCUUCCUGGGACAUGCCCCACCCU